GGAGCCCGACCGGGCGGGAGCUGCUCUAGCCUCCGCUCCCAACUCUAUGGCGGAGGGAGUCACCUGUUGCUUUCAACCUGGCUGCGCGGGACCCGGCCCGGAGGCAGCGCGAGGCCGCGGCGGGGACGCGCAGGAGGCCAGAAACCCAUUUAAAGAGACAUGGAUCUUGAAGGAAUCAUUCGAGACUCUCUGAUGUGCUUCAUCCAGUCCCACAUCCCUGAUGCCGAUCUCAGCGGGAUGGAUGAAGUCUUCUUCUCCUACAUCGCUAGUGUCCUGGAAGAAUUAGGUUCACCAGAGUCAUCCGAGGAGAACUUUGAUAUGGAUGCCUUUGUGGAAAUGAUGGAGGCAUAUAUCCCUGGCUUUGCAGAAAUCAACAGCGGGAACAUUUGUGAAAUGAUGUUUGCCCUCUCGGAAAGGCUCAGCGAAGCUCGCAACAAAGGAAAGGUUUGCCAAAAGGCUGUGGAAAGCAUGAGCAGAGCCCCUGCUGAAGAGCUGAACCAGAGCGAAGAGCUGGGGGAAGGAGCUUCUGAUGAGAGGAGGCUGCAUAUACCAGCAGAGGGAGCCAUAGCUCAGGGAGCAGAAGGUGACCUGAAGGAUGGGGUGGAGCUGCUCCUGGAGAUGUUCCCAGCCUGCACCCUCAGCCAGGCUCAGAAGGCACUGGCCAUGGUGCUGGGAAACCUGGAAGAGGCGGUGCAGUUACUGGUGGAGGAGAAGGUGGAACCUGGCCCAGGGGGCGCUAACCUGAAGGAGACAGCAAGGCCCCGCCGAGCACCCAAACAAGCGGACCUCAAACGAUUUAUCUUACAGAAAUACAUGAUGGUGGACAGCGAGGAGGACCAGAAAACACACAGGCCGGUGCCGCCAAAGGAGGCUCCCAAGAAACUGAUCCGCUACAUUGACAACCAGGUGGUGAGUACAAAGGGAGAAAGGUACAAAGACAUUAAGAAGCCAGAGAGUGAGGAGAUGAAGAGAACUUACAUCAGCCUCAAGCCAGCCAAGAAAUACAAAUUCCACUGACGGACGUUCCCUCCAAGGCAUCGUCCUCUACCCUGCUGCCUGAGGCAUGGAGGGACAGCCCUGAGGCUUUCUACACUCCUCUAACUGGAA